GAGAGCGCAGUCACGUGACGCAGUGGCGGGCUCUUCCGAAUUUGUGGGCGGAGAGGAAGAGGAAACAGGGAAGCAGACGGGGCCUGAACCACUGAGAAACAUCAACAACUUUAGCCAUGGCCAUGCAAAUGCAGAGUGACACAAGCAUAGAUGCAUCAACAGAAGAGGAAAGCUUUGGCCCUCAACAAAUUUCGCGGCUGGAGCAAUGUGGCAUAAAUGCAAAUGACGUGAAGAAAUUAGAAGAAGCUGGAUUCCACACUGUUGAAGCUGUUGCCUAUGCGCCAAAGAAGGAAUUGCUCAAUAUUAAAGGCAUCAGUGAAGCCAAGGCAGACAAAAUCCUGGCAGAGGCAGCAAAGUUAGUUCCAAUGGGCUUCACAACAGCAACAGAGUUUCAUCAACGGAGGUCAGAGAUCAUUCAAAUUACCACUGGAUCAAAAGAACUUGACAAACUCCUUCAAGGAGGAAUAGAAACGGGGUCUAUAACGGAAAUGUUUGGAGAAUUCCGCACAGGCAAGACUCAGUUAUGUCACACACUUGCAGUAACCUGUCAGCUCCCUAUUGAUCGAGGUGGUGGCGAAGGGAAGGCCAUGUACAUUGACACAGAAGGGACUUUCCGUCCAGAGCGUCUACUUGCUGUGGCUGAGAGGUACGGCUUGUCUGGUAGUGAUGUGCUUGAUAAUGUAGCAUAUGCGCGAGCCUUUAACACAGACCAUCAGACCCAACUCCUUUACCAGGCAUCUGCUAUGAUGACUGAAUCAAGAUAUGCCUUACUGAUAGUGGACAGUGCUACAGCCCUCUAUCGGACAGAUUACUCCGGUCGAGGUGAACUGUCAGCCAGACAGAUGCAUUUGGCCAGGUUUUUACGGAUGUUACUUCGACUUGCAGAUGAGUUUGGUGUAGCAGUAGUGAUUACAAAUCAGGUGGUAGCACAAGUGGAUGGAGCUGCAAUGUUUGCUGCAGACCCCAAGAAGCCUAUUGGAGGAAAUAUUAUUGCACAUGCUUCAACAACUAGGUUGUAUUUGAGAAAAGGUCGAGGUGAAACUAGAAUAUGCAAAAUCUAUGACUCUCCUUGCCUCCCAGAAGCAGAAGCCAUGUUUGCUAUUAAUGCUGAUGGAGUAGGAGAUGCUAAAGACUGAAGAACACUUCCAAUUCAAUUUGCGACAUGAAAUGGGACAAAAAGUCUGUCCUUUCUCUCUUCCUCAUGACCUUCCUGCUGUUGUUUCUGGGACUCAGGGAAGAAGUCAUAAACUAGAUAAAGCGACUAUUUUUUUUAGCCUUGCUGCACCAUAUUUCAAACAAAACUUAAGAACUGGUCUGCCCAAAUCUCCAGCAUGUCCUGAAUUAGAUCCUUCAAUGUAGUCAACUCUAAGAAGCCAUUUAAAGUGUGUAAAAUGCACACAAGGCAAAUGUGUGUAUCAAGUGUGAAGCCUUACUUAAGCACUUCCUGAUUCUGCAGUUGAGGCCAAGAUAAAAUGGAUCAAAUGUGUUCUGUAACUGCCAGACUGUUGUGUUGAGGAGCUACAAGACUAUUUCAUUAUCUUACCGCAAGCUGAAACUUUAGCUUUCUAUAUCUGUACAGCUGUAAAUUGAGAUGUUCUUUGAAUCUGCCUACAAAAGGUUGUAAACCAUUUUCAUAGUAACACUGUUGAUGUGUUCAGCAACUGUAUCUUUUGCCUGUAAAUAUUUGCUAUACAAUUUGAUUUAAUUAAAGUUGAUCAUAUACCAGC